CUUAUAGAUGACUUUGAAAUACUAACUAUACUUUAUUGUCGCUUACAAAUUGAGACUAUAUCUCAUCGAGAUGCAAUCUAUGUUAUUGAAAGCAAUCACUUCGUGAUGCUUUUAUACAAAUAGUUUGUUUAUUUUGUCAUGUCACCUCCAUCAUUAACACUGAAAUAUGAGUGAAGACAACGGGAGUUUAUUCAGGAGUAUUAUGUCUUUGAUAACUGUAUAAUUCUAUCAUAUUUAAAAGUUGAAGAAAUCUACAUGUUCAUCCACAUUCCUUGUGCUAUGGAAUGAAUUUUCCUUGAAAAUUCAGCUGUAUUCAAGAUAAUGGCUAAUUGUGGAAGAAUAAAUCAUUCUAAUUUCUUUACAAACAAAUGUUGGUGCGUCAGGUGUCGUAAACUUGGUCUGCCAAAGUUUCUGUAGUGAAACAUGCAGGGAGAUUUGUCUCGGAAGUGAUUAAUAACUUAAAUGAACUAGGUCAUUUUUUAUAAUGUUGAGAAUACUAAUGCGCGACAAACGGACAUUGAGUGCAAAUUAACAUACUAUUCGCUUACUAUGGAUCUGUAACGACAAUAGUUUUUGGUUGACAACAGAAGAAAAAGACGAAUAUAAAGAAACCUUCUAUACCCAAUUAUGUUGGUAAUUAGAGAUUAUGAAAUGACUGAACUAAUAUUCCAAAAGGUGGCUUUCAUAACUUUUCAUCACUUCAUCUCUAUUCCGCUCUUCUCAUCACCAAACAUGUCAGAAACUAAUUUUCCAUUUAUUUAUAUCCAGGUUUUACGCAAUAAGAUUGUAACUACAUAGUUAAAAUGACCUACUAAAUAGAGUUCAUUCAGUUUAUUCAUAAAACAUGUUGUCAAUGUCUCAGAGUAUGUAACGUGAUCACGCAUAUCACACGUGAAUAAAUGAUUGGCUAUUUGAUUUGAUUUACUACUCAAUGUUUUCAAUUUCAUUUUGCAUAGCCAAUAAAGAUUGUGUUUUUAAAAACAUCCAUCUUCAUCAGCUGCUAAUCAAAAUAUAAAGAAUACACAGUGAACUACUUUAGGAUAAAGUUGUUUAAAAAAAACAUAUUUUUAUGUAGUUUACUCAAGCACAUGAAAUAGGAAAGCCUAUUCAAGUGAAUAUAUGAAAACUACCAGAACAAUUUCAAUAGCCAAAUUCUAACAAACUCACGCAACUGUUUAAUUGUGAUCAUGACUGACUCCAAGCAUAAGUCACUGAAAAUUAGGGUAAUUGGUCUACUUGUAAUCAUAACAGUGACUUUAUAUCUUGCUGUUGAGUUAAAUCUGUUUAUCUCUGAUCAAUAUGUGUUUUAUAGCGCUGUCACUGAACAAGGUCUUCCCUACUACACAAAGAAGGAAAGACAACGAUAUAAAAAUAUAUCAGAUGUGGAUAAACAUAAACUCAAGUUGGCUCAGAAAAAAGCUGCAACUCUUGAAGCGGCUUCAAACUCAGUUCGUAUAACAAUUGGAUUGAUUACCACUUUAUUAGUGGGUUAUUUGUCUGAUCGAUACGGUCGUCGAGCAGCGUUUGGAAUUUUAUUAGUCGGUGAGGUCUUGCAUGUUGGUGUAACUGGUCUUAUUGUGUUGUUGAAGCUGAAUAUGUGGCUGAUUUUACUCCCUGGACUUUUGGAAGCAAUUUUCGGUGGUGGUCUCUUAUCACUCUUUGCUCAGGUUGCCACAAUCCAAGUAGACGUUUGUCAUCUAUCCAUGAAAUAUUCAAUGGAAAAAACAGAUAAAAAGAAUGUUAAGUCCUCUGAUAAACAAAUGUGGAUAUUAUUUACAAUUUUUGAUGGAAUAGCUGCAUUAUGCGUAUCAGCAGGAUCACCGAUUGGAGGAGCAUUAAUCUAUCACUAUGGAUUUCAAGUAGCCAUGUUCACAUCAUUAGGUUUACUUGUUCCAAGCUUAAUUUUAGUAUUCUGUUUACCCGAAACGAAUAAAAACAAAAGCAAACCAACUGUUGUACGAGACGAAGAGCCUUUUGAUGAAGUAAACAAUGAUGAUCCAAAUGAAGAUACUCGAAGUAUACCAAUGGAAUUCGAAAGGACGUUAACAAGUAGAGUGACAGAUGCAUUUCAACGUCUGAAAAAUUUAGAUCCUGUGGUGAUUAUGAUUCUGUCAAUGGUUCUACUUGGUUCAGUGUCAGCUUUAGCGGACUUACAGUAUGUUGCUGUUUAUUUAAUGGGACCUCCAUUCUUGUGGAGUCCAGAAACCGUUGGACUAUAUUCUGGCGUAACUGAUGUGAUAUCAGCUUUCAUCUCAAUUAUCUGUACUAUCCUAAUUAUCAAAUUUGACGAAAAGCGAAAGGCCAAAGCUCUCACAGAACAAAAUACCACAAACAACAGUGAUCGAAAUCAUUAUACACGUCAAAUGCAUUUACUUAUUACAGUUUUUGCUGCAUCAGUUAUAAUGUUAAUGGUGAAUCGUUCAGUAGUCGGAGUAGCUUAUCGAUUUCAACUACCAACUGCGAAUAUUUUAAUUUAUAUCGCUUCCAUUCCCAGAUUGAUGAAAAGCUUCCUUGUUCCAAUAAUUCGAACAAUGCUUUCCAUUAGUGUCCAUUCAAGUAUACAAGGCAUUAUGCAAUCGAUUGCCGCAUUUGUCUCUCGAAUCGGUUUACUCAUCAGUUUAACAGCACUUCCUGCAAUAUAUGCUGGAACAGUACUGAUAUUUCCAGGAACAGUAUUCAUCGUUGUUGUCAUAAUAAUGGCAAUAACACUCAUUAUUGACUUAUUAUUACCAUUCGUGAUGAAGAAACAAAAUUCCAAAUUAAAAGCUGCUGAAUUAAACAAUCUUCAUAAUGUAAAAGAAGGUGAAGCAGGAGAAGUGACAAAAUCAGAUGAUAUUGUCAAUUAUAUUGGAGAUAUGUUUUAAUAAUUUCUUAUCUUAUAUGUUAAUUAUCAAUAAAAUUCACUAAUUGUAAUUAUUUAAUUUAAAACGCAUAUACUAGAAUAUUACGUGAAGUAUUAUUUCAAAGAACAUUUCAUUAUACUGAAUCAUCUAUUGAUGUUGUAAUAACAUUAUUUCUUUAGUUUUAUCUUUCUAGAAAUGACAAUACGUCUGAUGCCAUGAAUAUGAUUGAUUACGUAAAUAUAUUAAAUUACUUGUCAAAUAGUCAGAAUUUUUGUUACUUUUCUAUGUAGACAAUGAUAUUGAUUCUAUCAUAAGACAUUGAAUUGUAGUAAUUUCAAUAAAAAUUAUAAUUAAAGGUUUAUUCAAU